AUGUCAGACCAAUCAUCUUCUAAAGAGCAGUACUUAUUUUUGCUGGAGUUUUUCGUGCAUUAUAUAACCGGAGAAAGAGUAUCUAAACUAAACGAAACUCUCCGUGGGCCAACGAGUAUCUUAUUACAAUUCCUCGGGAUCCAAAAUGACGCAAUCGAGAUUACUCCAGCGCAUCAGCAAUUAUCGCCAUUGGCUCGUCCAGCAAUCGGAGCGCGGGACGUCGAAAAAUUUUACUCCGGGCGUUCUAUUUUGUUCGCGAUUCCCCAGACGGUGGUCGUGAACAAGAACGCAGAGUUCAAGAUAAAUCUGCGAGUGUACAAGAAAAUGCCGGCUGACAUUCACCCGGACGUGCUGAUUGGUACAGGAGAGCUUGACAUAACCAAUGAAUUCACAGGAUUGAGGAAAGAAAUGUUCGACUGUUGGAACUGCGAUGUUCCUCCGCCGAAGAAUUACGAAGGCCCGGUAGAAAUUUACCACAACAACCAGCUAGCUGCCUUUGUGCUUGCUUACGUGCGUAUUUCUUCUUUUGGGCAGUCCAUCGUCACCGCUUUCGACGCUCCAGCAACUAAAACUGGGUCUUUUAUUUUUAGAAGUGAAUUUAUGGACCAAGAAGCUCUUGCGUACAAUUGCAGACUUAUCAGUCAGAGCCUUUUUAAUUUAAAAGCCCGUCAGCGAUCGAAUUUACAGUUAGAUCCGCCAUUUUGUCGAGAGAACUACUGUCCUCAUCAAGAUGGCGGCGAUAAGGAUAGUGGAGGGGAGAAUAAGGCGCAAGCGCGCGGUUUUGAAUCUCCCGCGCCUUUUAGCCAACCGCUGGUGCUCAAAGUCUCCGGAAUGAUUGAUCAAGAAGGCAAUUUUAAUGACGCUUGUCAUCAAGAUGCCGAUUUUGAUGUGUUUGUCCUGAGAAUUGGGAAGAAAGGGCUGGUUGGCGAAGAAGAAAAGUCGGAUAUUCAAAUCGAGUUACGCACCCCGAAAGCUUUGGUUGACACGCUGCCUGUCAGAUGCGAAACGAGGGAAAUUCAAACUGAGGCUGAGGAAGCUAAGUUUGAUGAAGAAAUUCUGGUUAGGAAGACAAGCAAGAAGAAAAAGCAGAAAUUGUUUUUGAUUGAAUUCUUGGUCGAUAGAGUCAGCGUCCCGACUGUACGAGCUAUGCAUGAUGAAUUUAUGCCGGCGAAAACUUGUGUGUCUUUCAAAAUUCUAAGUUUACCAGCCGUAAAUAUUUAUCAAGAAGAUCCAGUGAGCGGAGCUCGCUCCGACAAUUUCUUCCGCAAAGGAAAGUCGUGUUUGUUCGCACUACCUAAUCUGGUGCUCGAAAAGCCUCUCCACACCUUCCCAGUGACACUGUCAGUCUACAAAAAGCUUCCGGCAGGUGUUUUGCCAGACGUGAUGCACAUUGGCGCUCACCAGAUCGAGAUGAAAGAGCUUAUGAACGGAUUGUUGCGAGAACAUGUCUUCAGAGGUUCAGAUGCUUCCAAAUCACUCAAGAAUACCUACACGAUUGAAACAGCAACAGGACAAGUAGUAGGCAAUGUAACAGUUUUCAUCCGAACUUCAUGCUUCGGAAAGAAGCUGGUUACUCAGUUUGAGAUUCCUCAUAAUAGGAAGCCGUAUUUAUUCAAAAGCCUGGAUGACAGCAGUGUCUUUGAGUGCCAGAGAAUCUCUUCAAGUGUUGCAAGCCCUGGAUUUUCCGGGAAGAAAUCAACAUCUAGAAGAGAUAAUAUUGAUGCGAGAAAUUGUCAAGCAUCUAGACCUCUGGGUCUUUUUGAAUCAUCAUACAAGCCGACUUUGACGUUUAACAAAACGUCUUUUUAA